GCCAGCAGCUCCGGUAUAUAAAGGCGGCGAGAAGGAAGACGGAGCAUCAUUCUCGAUCCAGGAUUCAUCAUGAAGGUUCUCGCAUGCGUGUUGUUGGCCGCCGGCCUGGUCUCGGCCCAGUUGGGCCCCGAGGUGGCUCCUAUCGGUGCUGACGCCGGCGCUGCCCCCGUCGACGUCGCUGCAGGUGGCCCCAGCGCCGCCCCCUCAGCUGGCGCUGCAGCAGGAGCCGGCGCCGGAGCUGGUGCCGGAGCCGGUGCCGCCCAGCAGAGCUUCAGGGAGAAAGUCUACGGCGAGGGCCUCAACAACCCCGCCGCCCUGCCGCCCAACACGCUGGCCUUCAACCGCGCAAAGCACAUCGUCACCAACAUCCGCCCUGACCUUCGCGUGCGAGUCAACAUCGACGGAACCGUUGAGCUGACCAACAUCUACGGGCAAGAGGUUGACGACGAGCUCAUUUUCCCCGACCUGGAGGAGAUCCAGGAGCAGCGCCUGCAGGCCCAGAAGCUCGCCAUCCUGCGCCGCCGCCAGGAGCAGGACGCCCAGCUCAUCCGUGAAUUCAACCUCGGCGGCAACGCCCAGGACUUCGGUCUCGGAAACCUUGGUGGCGCCAACCAGGGCGGCUUCACCAUCUAAGCUUCCUCUUUCAUUCCUUUUUGGGCUGAAGAUACUUUGGCCAGAUAUGCAGAAGCCACUCCUGGCCUUCCACGCCUUCGACGGCCCUCUCCUAACCUCUUUCAGAACAUCUUUGAAGAUCCACACUCUCGUUUCCUUCUCUUGGCUGCAGCACUCCUGGUCAGCUGAGAAGCACUCAGCACUUUUCCAUGACUUACCUUCCAGUUUACACAGCACAUUAAACUGCAAUAAGUGUAUUUAAAGUCAAUGGUACGAUUUUGACAUUUUAUAACUUAUUACAAUACAGAAAAAAACAA